AUGGCUCUCAAUACUGAUAUUGCCACUCAGACACUUAUAGUGGCUCUCAAAUCAUCUUAUAAUGAGAAAUUCUGUGCUGAUAUUGCUCUUGAACUCAAUGAGAAGAGCUUUAAUAUUGCACUCAAUAUUAUAAUCAAGAUUGAACUUUAA